GGCAACUGCGCGGUUGUGUGCUUAGAGGGAAGACAGUAACCAUGAGUAGAGAAGAAAAUGAAGAAGAUGAUAUAGUGUGCUUAGACGAAUCUUUCUUCAUCAAUGACGACUACCAGAUUACAGAUUUUACAUUUGGGUCUCAUGUUCUUCAGCUUUACUGCCUCCAAUCUUCUUCAACUGAUUUUGAUUUGACAGGACAGUUGGUGUGGCCUGGGGCAGUGCUGAUGAAUGAUUAUCUUACACAGAAUGCUAACAUGCUUCAAGGAUGUUCUGUCAUUGAACUAGGCUCUGGUGUUGGUAUAACUGGAGUACUCUGCAGUAGAUUCUGUCGUGGAGUAGUGAUGACAGAUCAUAAUGAUGAAGUUCUCAAGAUUCUGAAGAAAAACAUAAAGCUGCAGGAAUCUUCAGAUGAUUCUAUGUGUUGUACAGAAUUAAAAGCUGAGAAACUGGAAUGGGGUAGCUCUGAUCAGCUGAAUUGCAUAUUACAGGAGCACCCAGAAGGAUUUGAUUUAGUUCUUGGAGCUGACAUUUAUAUCCUACAGGCAAAUGUUCCUUUGCUUUUUGAUACUGUUGAGCGGCUACUUAGAGAUCGUGACCAGAAGAAAUGCAAAUUUAUUUUGGCCUAUGUUUCACGAGCAAAAGUCAUGGAUGCUAUGGUCAUCAAUGAAGCAAUUCGGCAUGGUCUGCAGAUAAAUGAAGUUUCUGGGACUCGACGUAUUAUCAAGAAUCUUGAAGGAGUUAUAUUUGAGAUUACAACUAAUCACUAGAGUUGGCAAUUGAGAAUGGAGUUUCUUCAGCUCCAUUUGAUUGGAAAACUAUACAGUUUAAGGAGCACAGAGAAAAUAUUACUCUGUGAGCAACGCAAAAAGCUCUAAUUGCCAUCAAAACUUGGUUUUCUGUAUACUUUUGACAUUCUAGACAAACAAAAAAUAUGCAUCAAGUCCUCAAAGAAUCUUGUAAUGUAUCAUUUUUAUCUUUA